AUGACUGCGUCGGCUACUCCAAAUUCCUUCCGCCAACCAUCUGCGACCGAUUGUUACGACCCCGAUGACGUUCUCCCCCGCGAUAGUCCCCAGAUGCAGCCUCAUCGUCCCAAACUGUUGCCCUCUCCCAGCCCUCCGCCCACUUUCAGCUCCGAUCGAAAACCACCUCACGGUCGCCGCAAGGUCGAACCCAUUCAGGGCGAUGCCGUGCUAGUUGCUCAUCUUGGAAACGGCAGACAGCCAGAAAUAGCUCACGCUGCUGCCCUGGAGCCACUGGCAUCUGACAACGGCUCCGAAGACGAUUCGUCUUCACCUGAGUCCCCUGGUCGCAACAUGAACCGCCCACCACCCCCCGAUUCUUUUGAUCUGAAAUCCCUGGCUGCCGGUGCUCUAGCGGCCUUCACGACGCCAACUCCCGCGACUGCUGCUGUCGCUGCUGCUGUGACAGCGAAGCACGAGCCUUUGCGUUCGAAAGAUGGGACUGGAGGUCAACAUGAGACGACGGUCGUGGGGAUAAGCAGCCUAGAACUGCCCAUUCGUGACGAGCGCCCGGGUCUCGCUGCUCCCGCAAUUGUGUACUCAAUUGGGGACAAACUUCCCUCUCAACACGCGGGACCUUCACUACACAAGCCUGACAUCACGUCGCCGGUUAGCCCCUCUCAGUCUGCCCCUGGAGGGCUACCUCCUCUAUUGGACUCGCCCAAAAUCAGCCAUGAGUCCAGACAAAGACAUGGGCCCGGCUCGCCAUGCACCCUCCUUUCCACGAUCGCCUCCUGCAAGUCUCCCCCGGCUGCCGUCCUUAGCCGGUCUGCCAGGUGGACAUGCCUCUCCUCCGAUUUCACCAAAUGA